UAGGAAUGAUAAGAUAAGACUCAAAACGAUGAGCUGAAAACAUUUUUUGAAAUAGGUAUCGUUUAUUCGUGACGUGUCUAUUAUUCGACAAAAAAAAUCUUCUUGAAUGUAUUUCACUCAUUGACAGUUUCCUUACCAAUUAAUAGUUACCUACACAUUUUCUUACUUACCAUGUAGUUAUUAGUUUUAUUUUGUUUUAAUUUUUUGUUCUUGUAUAAAUGUGAUAUAAAACUGACAUUUAUGACUCAGCUGCCCAAAUCUGUUACCAUUGCUGAGAAACGAAUGGAAGAUGGUUUACAAUCGUUCAGGGCCAUCGCAUUCUUGGUCUUGUGGUAUUUCUUUAGCGGAUGUACAUUAUUUUUGAACAAGUACAUCCUUUCCUAUUUGAAUGGAGAUCCUACUGUACUGGGAGCAUCUCAAAUGAUUAUGACAACUAUAUGUGGCUUUGUCCAACUGUAUUUACCAUGUGGUAUGUACAAACAACCAACACAGCGAUCCAAAAGACCUCCAAACUUUUAUAUCCAUAUGUGCUUAGUUGGUUGUACACGAUUUAUUACAGUACUUUUAGGACUUAUUUCAUUAAAUUAUGUAGCAGUGAGUUUUACAGAAACAAUUAAAAGUUCAGCUCCAAUAUUUACCGUAUUUAUUUCAAAAUUGUUAUUAGGAGAACAAACAAGUAUUUUGGUAAGCCUAUCUUUAGUUCCUAUAAUGGUUGGCCUGGCAUUAUGUUCUUCAAAUGAAAUUUCAUUUAACCUACCAGGAUUUAUAGCUGCCCUUGCAACCAACUUUACUGAGUGCUUACAAAAUGUUUACUCAAAAAUGCUGAUUAGUGGCGAUAAAUUCAAAUAUACACCUGCUGAAUUACAAUAUUAUACAAGUUUAGCUUCAAUUAUUAUUCAAAUUCCUGUGUCAUUAGUAUUAGUUGACAUCAAAUAUGCGGUUUCUAAUACUAGUUUAUAUCUUUUACUGAUGUUUGUAUUAAAUGGAGUGUUUUUCCAUUUUCAAAGUAUUACAGCAUAUGUUCUUAUGGAUUAUAUCAGUCCAGUUACUUAUAGUGUGGCCAAUACUGUCAAACGUGCAUUUCUCAUAUGGAUGUCAAUUAUUUUAUUUGGAAAUUCUAUUACUCUCUUGAGUGGGCUUGGUACUGUCAUAGUUAUUGCGGGAGUUGUAAUAUAUAAUAAAGUAAAACAGUAUGAUAUUAAUCGCCAGUCAAACAUUGAAUUUGAUAAAAUACAUUUAACCUCUCCAUACAAAAUUCGAACAAUUUAGUAUAAACAAUAUUAUUAUACUUAAACAUUUAUAUAUUAUAUAUUUUAUAAUGUUAUUAAGAUAAAUAUAGCAAUGUUUUCUAUAAUGUCAAACAUA